AUGAUGGCAAAUACGCUCGACACCGUAAACGCGAAUCAACCUACGCAAAAUGGUAGUAAACUGCAGCCUUGCAACAAUGAGUCCAAGACUAAUCUCAUCGUGAACUACUUACCUCAGACCAUGACCCAAGAAGAGAUUAGAUCGUUAUUCUCCAGUGUUGGUGAAGUGGAAAGUUGCAAAUUGAUUCGCGACAAAGUCACCGUAUUUCCCGAUCACAUCCUCAACGGGCAGAGUUUAGGCUACGCGUUUGUCAAUUACCAUAAAGCGGAAGACGCAGAAAAAGCUGUUAACACAUUAAAUGGCCUCCGAUUACAGAAUAAGAUAAUAAAAGUGUCUUAUGCCCGUCCGAGUUCUGACGCAAUCAAAGGCGCCAACCUGUACGUUUCGGGUCUGCCUAAACACAUGACACAGCAAGACUUGGAGAAGCUGUUCUGCCCGUAUGGAACAAUCAUCAGCUCCCGCAUCCUCCAUGAGAAUGUCUGUGUCGGUCAUCUCCUCCAAGGCGGCAUGGAUGACCAAUCAAUGCAGGGGCCUUCAAGAGGCGUUGCGUUUAUCCGUUACGAUCAAAGGUGUGAGGCAGAAGCAGCUAUACGGGAAUUGAAUGGCACUAUCCCACCAGGAGGCAAUGCUCCCAUGACUGUUAAAUGUGCAAACAACCCAAGCAACCAGAACAAGGCGCUGGCGCCAUUAGCUGCAUACCUGGCUCCAACGUCUACACGCAGAUUUGUCGGCCCAGCUGGUAAAGCUUUACUAGCAAUCAAUAAAGGUCUGCAGAGAUUUUCGCCCCUGGCAGAUCCUAUUAUACAAGGUAACGCUCUUGGCGGUUCAGGUUGGUGCAUUUUCGUCUAUAAUAUUGGGGCUGAUACAGAAGAGAGCACUCUUUGGCAGCUCUUCGGCCCAUUUGGUGCCGUCCAGUGUGUAAAAAUUAUAAGAGAUCCUACUACUAACAAGUGCAAGGGUUAUGGCUUUGUCACUAUGACUAAUUACGAUGAGGCUGUUGUUGCAAUUCAAUCUCUGAAUGGAUACUCGCUUAACGGUCAGGUGCUGCAGGUCAGCUUCAAAACGAACAAGAGUAAAUCC